UAUUUAAAUAAGGCAGUUUAGAUUUAAUUGCGAGUUAUUUCAAAAAUGUGCUAAGAAUUACACUCCGAAUAGAGAAACCACGGUAACCACACGCACUAAAAACGUAAAACGCAUUACCCAAAACAUCUCAUAAUAAUGCAUAAUACACAUAUAUGGGUAUCUAGGUCCCCUCUGUUUUAGUAACCCCGAUUCUGCGCCGACAGUUCGCAAGGCUGCGCCGGCGCGGCGUCGACCGCGUGGGGUGCGCGCAGUCCGCCCCGAACCGUCGCACGCGCGCGCCGAGUCGCGCACAUCGAAACUUUUGCUUAUCGGAAACUUUUUUACAAUCGAAGAGUCUUGAACUUGAGCGCAUCGGGGAAGAUCGUGGGAGCUGUGCAACAAUCGACAGUAACAAGAUACUUGCACUGCCUAAUGCCUAUGACAUAUGACUUUCGAACUGCGUGAUAUUGCCUGUCUGAUGUACUGAGUCGUUAGUGCAGUGAGUGUUCUGUGGGGAAUUUUAAUAGUGAUGUGUCAAGAGGCGGGAGCAGGGCGCUUAGAAGAUACUGUUUGUUACAAGUAUUCUGAAGUUAUCGAAAUGAACGUUCGAGAAACGAGCAGCUUUAGCAACCAGUUCGAUGUGGUCUAACAUGGUCGUUCCCCGUCGUCCGCCAACCAGCUACAAGCCAAUGAGAAGAAGCAAACCGCCGGACAAGCACCGAACAUUAACAAUAUCAAAUCUUUAUCUGAUGUGACUUCAUCAACACAACCCCAAAAAGAAAAAAAACUAGUCCCGCAAACUGGCUGAUAAAAGAAAAAGCUACAAGAUUCUAAAAUCAAAAUGGGCGUGCAAGUGCUUCUAGCUUCAACAGCCUUGAAGACCGUGAGUGUGACGGGUUUGUGGUUGAUACCACUGUUGCUGGGCGCGCUGACAUACCACAACUAUAAUGCUUACGAUCCGGAGUCGAGAGUGAUUGAUAAAGAGCCGAGGAGAGAGUAUGACUUCAUAGUGGUUGGGGGCGGGUCGGCGGGUGCCGUCGUCGCCAACAGACUAUCGGAGAUGAAGAAUUGGAACACGCUCUUGCUAGAAUCUGGCCCCGACGAGAACGAGAUCACCGACGUGCCGUCGCUGGCGGGCUACCUGCAGCUGACCAAGCUGGACUGGCAGUACAAGACGGAGCCCACAGCGCACGCCUGCCUCGGCUUCAAGAAGCGCCGCUGCAGCUGGCCCCGCGGCAAGGUGCUUGGCGGUUCCAGUGUUCUCAACUACAUGAUAUACGUACGAGGCAAUCGAUAUGACUUCGACCAAUGGGAACAAUCCGGCAACCCCGGAUGGGGCUACCGGGACGUUUUGAAAUACUUUAUCAAAUCUGAAGACAACAGAAACCCGUACUUAGCUAAGAGUCAAUACCAUGGGCGAGGAGGAUACCUCACGGUUCAAGAAGCUCCCUGGAGGACACCUUUAGUCGCAGCCUUCGUAGAAGCUGGCGUCGAAAUCGGGUAUGAGAACAGGGAUAUCAAUGGAGAAUACCAAACGGGGUUCAUGAUCGCCCAGGGCACUAUACGCCGCGGAUCUCGCUGCAGUACCGCCAAAGCAUUCUUGCGACCAGUGAGAACUCGAAGAAACUUAGACAUUUCCUUAAACUCCCAAGCAACAAGAGUUUUAAUCCAUCCAGUGACAAUGAAGGCUUACGGGGUCGAGUAUGUCAAACACGGCAUGAGGAGAGUUGUUUACGCGAGAAAAGAAGUAAUAUUAUCGGCCGGCGCCAUCAACAGUCCUCAGCUGCUCAUGCUGUCUGGAAUAGGUCCCAAAGAACAUUUAAAAGACGUCGGAAUUAAGGUCUUGAAGGACUUGCCGGUCGGUGAAAACCUGCAAGACCACGUUGGUGUAGGAGGAUUAACAUUUCUAGUCGACAAACCUGUUGCAAUCGUCCAAAACCGCUUCGAGGCUUUUCCCGUUACCAUGAACUACGUUGUCAACGAAAGAGGUCCCAUGACAACCCUAGGAGGCUUAGAAGGGGUUGCUUUCGUAAAUACAAAGUACGCGAACAGUUCUGGAUUGUGGCCUGAUAUUCAGUUCCACAUGGCGCCGGCGUCUUUCUCGUCUGACAAUGGGCAAAUUGUCAGAAAGAUCUUAGGGCUCACGGAUGAGAUUUAUAAUACUGUUUACAAGCCUAUAGCCAAUAAGGAUGCUUGGACUAUUAUGCCUUUACUGCUCAGACCAAAUACACGAGGUUACGUGCGAUUAAGGAGCUCCAAUCCUUUCCAUUAUCCGAUAAUGAACCCACGUUACCAUGAGGAUCCUUUAGACGUGGCGCGCCUCGUAGAUGGAAUCAAAAUAGCCCUGCAAGUGGCAGAAGCGUCUCCUUUCAAACAGUUUGGUAACAGGCUAUACAUGAAGCCGUUACCGAGUUGUAAGCACUUUAAAUUUAUGUCUGACGAAUAUAUUGAAUGUCAAGUGAGGCACAUUUCUAUGACGAUAUACCAUCAGAGUGGGACAACUAAGAUGGGGCCGUCGUGGGAUCCUGAGGCGGUGGUAGACCCGCGGCUCAGGGUGUAUGGCGUCGAAGGCCUAAGGGUAAUAGACGCAAGUAUAAUGCCGACUAUUGUGAGUGGCAACACCAACGCCGCAGUCAUCAUGAUAGGGGAGAAAGGGGCUGAUUUGAUAAAGCAAGACUGGCUUAGUAAGAGCGGCUUAGCACGGUCGCGUUUUUAUCCCUUGUCACCAUGCCUGUCACGUUCUAACAAGUAUGUAAGUGCGAAAGGGACACGCAUAGUGAUAGUCGAUAAAAAUGGAACCGUGCUGAGCCCGCAGUCAAAUUAUUACCUCAGCCGUGAAAGGUUCGUGAAGCGACAAGAUAUGAAAAAUCUGUGGAUCAUAUACUUCAGUUUAUCAUGCGUACUCGGCGGGGUGCUGUCGCAGCAGCCCUCACUCUUCGAUGCAGUGUCAGGGCUACUCCGCGACACCAACAACCUGUACCUCGGGGAGCCCCCUGACGCCGAGGAGCUGUACUCGGAGUACGACUUCAUCAUCAUAGGAGCCGGGACUGCUGGGUGCGUGCUUAGCAAUCGGCUCACGGAAGUUGAAGAUUUUAAGGUGCUUCUUAUAGAAGCGGGCGGCAGUGAGCAGCUUUUCAUGGACAUCCCUGUGAUGGCCACUAUGCUACAAUUCACCGACGCCAAUUGGGACUACCACACUGAGCCACAGAGAGCAGGCUGCAUGGGCAUGCGCGAGGGUCGGUGCUCCUGGCCGCGGGGCCGCGUGGUCGGCGGCUCCUCGGUUCUGCACUCCAUGAUGCACACGAGGGGCAACAGGAGAGACUACGACCGGUGGGCGGCAAAUGGCAACCCAGGAUGGGACUUCGCAUCAGUUCUCAAAUACUUCAAGAAGUCUGAAAACAUGCAAGUACCAGAGCUGAGAAGAGAUAAAGUAUACCAUUCGACAAAGGGAGAGAUGACCCUUCAGUAUCCCAGCUGGAGAACGCGACUCUCUGACGCGUUCCUUCAAGCGGGCGUCGAGACUGGCGGGAAUAUAGUAGAUUACAACGGAGAAAAACAAAUCGGAUAUUCCAUCAUACAAUUUACGAUGAACAAUGGAACUCGCAUGAGUGCGAGUCGGGCUUUCCUUCACCCUAUAAAAUAUAGAAAAAACUUCCACGUAACCAAGAAUGCUAUGGUGACGCGUAUUUUGAUUGAUCCUUGGACCAGACGAGCAUACGGUGUGGAAUUCCGCAAAGCUAAUCGCCGCUACACCAUAAAGGCGACGCGAGAAGUCAUUCUGUCAGCUGGUGCUAUUAAUUCUCCUCAAAUAUUAAUGAUCAGCGGAAUAGGCCCUAAACAGCACUUGACGGAGAAGAACAUCACAACAAUUGUAGAUUUACCCGUCGGAUAUAAUCUCCAAGACCACUGGGCAUUAGGCGGUCUGACUUUCUUAAUAAACACAACUGAUUCUAUCAGGUCUGAACGCGUGGCUACAUUCAGCAACAUUCUAGAAUAUUUCAGCCAUCAUACAGGUCCUUUGUCAGCGCCAAGCGGAACUGAAGCUAUCGCUUUUAUCGACACUAAUAAUCCAAACGAUCCCGAUGGCUAUCCUGAUUUAGAGUUGCUGUUUGUGGCAGGCUCAUUGGUUAGCCAGCCGUCGUAUAAACAAGCCUUCGCUAUUGAUGAUCGUAUCUACAACAAAGUUUACGGACCAAUUCAAGAUCGCGACACGUGGAUGGUGUUCCCGAUGCUUCUUCUCCCGGAGUCGAAAGGCCGAAUAAUGUUGAAGAAUAAAAACCCUUAUACAAAGCCGCUUAUCUACGCCAACUACUUUUCAGAUGGAGGCCACGACCAAAAGGUUAUAUUACAUGGUAUAAGAAAAAUAAUUCAGCUAUCGAAAACUAAAGCAUUUCAAAAGUUUGGAAGUAGAUUGCACGAUAUUCCGUUGCCUAAUUGUGCUCAUCACAAGUUCAACUCGGACGCGUAUUGGUACUGUGCAAUGAAAACUAUAACGAACACGAUUUAUCAUCAUUGCUGUACGGCUAAAAUGGGCCCGAAGGAGGACCCUGAAGCCGUCGUGGACUCGAGACUGAAGGUGUACGGGAUAAAAGGACUGAGGGUAGUGGACGCGAGCAUUAUGCCGCAUGUACCAGCGGCGCACACCAACGCCCCAACUUUAAUGAUUGCCGAGAAAGCGGCUGAUAUGAUAAAGGAAGACUGGGGCAUACGUCUCAAGCCGAUUUAAUUGGCAUAAUAUCUAAUAUAUACGAGAAUCCCAGUCUAGGCAAUGAACUGACUUUUAUGAUUGAUUGAUCAGUAGCGAUUUUUAUUUUAAAUACAUAUUUAUUUGUUACUUAAGGUUUCUUUAUU